AGAUUGUCUCGUGAUAAAAACACUUCCCUGUUUCAAUUUUCAAUACACAGCUCAGAUGUGUAAGAAAAUUAUGGAGGGGAUAUAUAUAAAAGUCUUCUUCUGCGAUAUACUUGGUUGUUUUCUUCUUUCAUUCGCUUUCAAGAAACCACUCUGCGCUAUUGUUUGCGAUUGACGCAGUUAAUGAAUCGCUCAUCUUGUCAUCUCAUCCAUUAGUCUGUCUCAAAUUUCUAGAAAUAACCCACGGAUAGCGUUUCGUCUCCUCGCACACGGGCUUCGUGUUCCCUCGUGAGACCAUCUCAUUUUCUGCGUCAUCUGAUCGAGAGCUAAUUAAGUAUGGUCUCCACCGCGAAAAUCUUCAACGUCACCGUACCGCAGAAGGAUGAUCUCUGCUGCGCGAUCUGCAAAAUCGUGAAUUCCGAAAACAAUCCCACCUAUUCCAAGUACUGCGAGAACAAGCUCAAGUGUCGGCAAUUUCUCCGAGAGACCCCUCACGCGAUGGCCGCGCCGAUAGUUAAUCGAAAACUCCUCGGGACCGGCGGUUCCCUUUACGUCAUCGUCGCCAAGGACUUUUUCGAGAGCUGCACCUUCCGGGACCACUGUGACGCCCUCAACAUACAGGUGAUGAAUCUACUCGACCCAAUGCCGACUCACGUUUACAAGACGUGCCUACUUUACACGGUGGAGCAUAAGCUGGCACCGCAGUGGAACAAAGUCGGGCAAUACCUCGUCGAGGGACGAGAUUUUCUCAGCUCGACGGGAAGCGUCAAUGCGAUCUCGCUAAACAUGAAAGGCAUCCGCGAUAACAGCGCUCAGCUUCAAGUGGAAGCUGUAAAUCUUAAAAUACCAUUCUUAAGACUGAAUACUACGCGUUCUUUGCAACAUGACGUGCAGCCACAAGUACGCGUCCUACCGAGCUUGAAAAUGGCGAACGUAUUGAGUACGUCGACAGAAAUUAAAGAAAACCACUUGUACAAGGAUUACGAAAAUCUGCGGGCGUAUUGGGAAAAUAUGCACGGGUACAUAUUACCAGAUUAUAUGGAAGGACUCUUAUUUUACGAUAUCAAGUUCUCCUUCGAGUCGAGCGUUUUCGUAUAUCCUGAAACGUGCUUAACCUCAGGACCUCCAGAAAUUCUUCGGCUUGUAAAGGAUCCAGUAUCCAGGAUUUAUAAAUUUGCUGAAGAUCUAAGAGGAAGCGUAACACAAUUAUGCGGGAAGCAAUUGGAUGUGUGCCCGAUGGCCACCGGACCCUUGCCCGGUCAGAGCGUGGGCUCCGCGCCCUCCAAUCACCCCUGCGCCUAGGCCUCCAAGGGCCAGCCUGGUCAACCCGCCGCCUGCGCCACCGGCAGAACCGUUCGGGGAUUGUUACGAUGGGGUUUUUUUUCAAGUUUUGUCCACCCAUGCACCCACCCACGCAUUCAAAAUGUGUUUUUGGUUUCACCGGGAACUCCUCCUGCAUUUGUGGACCGAUCUUCUUGCAACCGGUCUUAAAAUUUUCCAAAUUUUUAGGAGGAGGCUGCUUUGCUCACCCACGCACCCACCCACGCAUUCACACUGUUUCUUUGUUUCACCGCGAAUUCCUUCUGCAUUUGUGGACCGAUCUUCUUGCAACCGGUCCUAAAAUUUUCCAAAUUUUUCGCGGAAGGCUGCUAAGAGGGUUUUUGAAGUUUUGCCCACCCACGCACCCACCCACGCAUUCA